CUCUCCGCCCCGCGCUCGGCCCGGGUGAGCCGCGCCGCCGCAGCCUUCGCGGAGCCCAGCCCCAGGUGCAGCCACCGCCGCCCGAGCCUCGCAGCCGCCGCGGCCCUCCCGCCUCGCCCCCAUGGAGGAUUACCACAAGCCCGACCAGCAGACGCUGCAGGCGCUGAAGGACACGGCCAACCGGCUCCGCAUCAGCUCCAUCAAGGCCACGACCGCGGCCGGCUCCGGCCACCCUACAUCAUGUUGCAGUGCAGCAGAGAUUAUGUCUGUGCUGUUUUUCCAUACCAUGAGGUACAAAGUGCAAGACCCCAGAAACGCCAGCAACGACCGGUUUGUUCUUUCAAAGGGUCAUGCAGCACCAAUUUUGUAUUCUGUUUGGGCAGAGGCUGGAUUUCUACAAGAAGGAGAAUUACUGAACUUGAGGAAAAUUGAUUCUGUCCUAGAAGGACACCCAGUUCCAAGACAAGCAUUCACUGAUGUGGCUACUGGAUCCCUUGGGCAGGGUCUUGGUGCUGCAUGUGGCAUGGCAUACACUGGCAAGUUCUUUGACAGAGCCAGCUAUCGAGUGUAUUGUCUGCUUGGAGAUGGAGAGUUAUCUGAGGGCUCUGUUUGGGAGGCAAUGGCCUUUGCUGGCUUUUACAAGCUGGAUAAUCUCGUUGCCAUAUUUGAUGUUAACCGUCUUGGACAAAGUGACCCCGCUCCUCUGCAACACCACGUGGAAAUCUACCAGAAACGCUGCGAGGCCUUUGGCUGGCAUGCUAUCAUCGUGGAUGGACACAGUGUGGAGGAGCUUUGCAAAGCCUUUGGCCAGGCCAAACACCAGCCAACAGCCAUCAUUGCAAAGACUUACAAAGGCAAAGGCAUAUCAGGUGUUGAAGAUAAGGAAAGCUGGCAUGGAAAGCCCCUUCCAAAAAAUAUGGCUGAACAAGUCAUUCAAGAAAUAGAUGAUAAAAUCCAAAAUAAGAAAAAGCUUUCUCCGGCCCUCCCAGAAGAAGAUGCACCUAUAGUAAAUAUUAGAAACAUUAAGAUGCCAUCUCCACCAACUUACAAAGUGGGAGAAAAGUGGGCUACACGCAAAGCUUACGGGGUUGCACUGGCAAAACUGGGCCAUGCCAACGAUCGAGUGAUUGCUUUGGAUGGGGACACAAAGAACUCCACCUUCUCAGAGCUCUUCAAGAAGGAACACCCCAGUCGCUACAUCGAGUGCUACAUUGCUGAGCAGAACAUGGUGAGCGUUGCAGUCGGUUGUGCCACUCGGGACAGAACCAUUGCCUUUGCCAGCACCUUCGCCACCUUCUUCACGCGGGCGUUCGACCAGAUCCGCAUGGCCGCCAUCUCCGAGAGCAACAUCAACCUCUGCGGCUCCCACUGCGGCGUCUCCAUCGGUGAGGAUGGGCCGUCUCAGAUGGGACUGGAGGACCUGUGCAUGUUCCGGGCUAUUCCCAACUCCACUGUGUUUUAUCCCAGUGAUGCUGUAGCCACUGAAAGAGCAGUGGAAAUAGCUGCCAACACCAAGGGCAUUUGUUUCAUCAGAACUAGUCGUCCUGAAAAUCCUGUCAUUUACAACAACAAUGAGGACUUCCAUAUUGGACAGGCAAAGGUGAUUUUGAAGAGCAAGGAUGACCAAGUGACUGUGAUCGGAGCAGGAGUCACUCUGCAUGAGGCUCUGGCUGCAGCAGAGCAGCUGAGGAAAGAGAAAAUCUUCAUCCGUGUGAUUGAUCCCUUCACUAUAAAGCCCCUGGAUAAGAAGACAAUACUUGAAAGUGCAAGAGCAACCAAGGGCAGAAUCAUCACUGUUGAGGACCACUACCAUGAAGGUGGCAUCGGCGAGGCCGUGUGUGCCGCGGUGGUGGGCGAGCCCGGCGUCACCGUGAGCCGCCUGGCCGUGUCCCAGGUGCCCCGCAGCGGGAAGUCAGCGGAGCUCCUGAGGAUGUUUGGCAUUGACAAGGAUGCCAUCAUGCAGGCCGUGAGGGCGGCCGUGUCCAAGUCCAGGAACGCCGAGUAGUUCGAAGCAUCUCGUGCUGUGUUACGGAAGAGCUUGUUCGGAGAGGUGCUAUCAGUUCAAGGCAGGCAAAGGUGCUUUAUGUAGAGAGUUCUAAUAAAAAUACCAGCUUAAAAAAC